AUGAGCAACACUUUGAGUCGAGACUUUGUGGAAAAGGGCGCUUGGAAAGAGGGUUUGUUCGAGGGCAAAGUGGCAUUUGUUACUGGGGGUGCGGGGACCAUUUGUCGCGUGCAAACGGAGGCUCUUGUACUGUUGGGAUGCAAAGCGGCGAUUGUCGGGCGGAACAAGACCAAAACUGAACAAGCGGCUCGAGAAAUAGCCGCACUGGGGCCCAGCGCGGAUUGCGUGUUACCAAUAUCCAAUGUGGACGUCCGAGACAUGGGUCAGAUGGAAGAUGCAGUCCGACAGACGGUGGAAAAGUUUGGCAGGAUCGAUUUUGUGAUCGCGGGAGCAGCGGGCAAUUUUGUCGCGCCGUUCCAUUCGUUGUCUGCCAACGCUUUCAAAUCUGUCGUCUCAAUCGAUCUGUUAGGUAGUUUCAACACUGCAAAAGCGUGCUUCCCAGAGCUGGUCAAGACCAAAGGCGCGAUUUUGUUUGUGAGUGCCACGUUCCACUAUUACGGGGUUCCCUACCAAAGUCACGUCGGAGCCGCCAAAGCGGGUAUCGACGCGCUUUCGAACUCCUUGGCGGUCGAAUUAGGGGUGUUAGGAAUUCGCUGCAACUGUUUGGCUCCGGGCGCAAUAGCGGGCACAGAGGGUAUUUCACGGUUGAGCCAAGAAGAUCCCGAAAAAGCGUACGGGAAACGGGUUCCGCUACAAAGGUUAGGAACGACUACUGACAUUGCCAAUUCCACGGUUUUCCUAUUUUCUCCAGCCGCCAGCUACGUGACAGGCACCGUUCAAGUCGUCGACGGGGGCAUGUGGCACAUCGGGACCCAUUUCAGUCACGAUCUAUAUCCCAAGGGACUUUUACCAGAAAAUUACAACAACAGUGCGAGUGUGAAUGCUAAUUUAUGA